UUACCGACCUUUCAAUCCCUUCAAAUCUCCCCUCAUUUCUCUCUCUCUCUCCCCAAAACUCAAACCCCCAAACCCAAACCUUUCUCUCUCUCUCUAAAAAAAAAACUCUCUCUCGCUCUCUCUCUCUCUCUCUCUGAAACUCUCAAAGCUCGUUCCGAUCGUACCGAUCCAAAACCAACCAUGGCUCAGAAAACCGGAAAAGAAGAGACCGAGUUCAAGGUACACGAGAAGAUCCCUCUUUGUAUCAACAACUGCGGUUUCACCGGUAAUCCGGCCACCAACAACAUGUGCCAAAACUGCUUCAACACCUCGAAUUCACCAACAACAACAACCACCACCACAACAAACACAAACGCAUCAACAACAACAACAAAUUCUUCAUCAACAACCACAUCAUCGAACAAGAUGUUGAAGGUUCAUCAUAGAUCUAGUGCGAGUUCGUUCAGAUCUGCUACUACUAUGGAGGUGACGAGCGAGGACGUUGUUGCGACGGCGGCGGCGGCGGCGGAUCGGGUUAGAUCGGAGGGGUUCAGUUUCGGAUUCGGAUCGGAGGUGAAGAGAGAGGUGAACCGGUGCUUCGGUUGCAGGAGGAAGGUAGGGUUGACCGGAUUCCGGUGCCGGUGCGGCGAGCUCUUCUGCGCCGAGCACCGGUACACCGAUCGCCACGUGUGCAGCUACGAUUACAAAGCCGCUGGCCGCGAAGCGAUUGCGAGAGAAAAUCCGGUUGUCAAGGCAGCCAAAAUUGUCAGAGUCUGAAAUUAUUAAAUAAUAAAUUAUUAUUAUUAUUAUUAUUUUGUAGAAAUAUUCAAAAAAAAAAAAAGGUUGAAAAAGUUUCAUAGAGAUCGAGAUUCGAUCGCUACGAUCUCUCUCUCAAUCCUAGAGAAAGAGAGAAAAUCUUCGAAGAAAAAAAAAAAAAAAAGAAGAGAGAAAAAUUGUUGUAAAAGAAAAUCAAAAUUCUCUCUGAUUUUCGUUUUCUCGAUCAAUCUUUAAUUAUCUUUUUUUAUUAUUAA